ACAUUACUUUUAUCUUAAGUAUAUAUUCAUUAAAUAACAUUAUUUAUCAAAUAAUAUGGCUGCAGCUGCAACUAAAGCGUUAGGAAUAGCAAAGGAUAUUUCUCCACUGUAUUACAGGAUAUUAUCAAAGUUUCCCCAAAAAUUUACCUUCUGUUUCGCUUAUGGAUCGGCAGUCAAACCUCAGAUCGGAAACGAAAAAAGACAUAACAUGAUUGAUUUAAUAUAUUGCGUUGAUAAUUCCCACCGAUGGCAUGGUGCAAACUUAGAAAUGAAUCCCACCCAUUAUUCAUCGCUUCGUUUUCUUGGAAAAGGAUUUGUUGCAAGAUUUCAGGAAAAUUGGGGUGCUCAAGUAUAUUUCAAUACAUUAGUGGAAGUAAAAGAGGAGAAUGUCACCAUAAAGUAUGGUGUUGUAUCACAAAAAGAUUUAAUAACAGAUUUGUUAGAUUGGAAUCACUUAUACCUUGCAGGACGUCUUCACAAGCCUGUGGAAAUUAUUAAGCAAACAAACUCUUCUCAAUUGCAAAAUGCACUUCAGUCAAACCUCAGAUCAGCUGUUCACACAGCACUAUUAAUUUUGCCUGAAUCAUUCACUGAAUAUGAUUUUUAUUUUGCUAUUUCUAACUUGAGUUAUGCUGGAGAUUUUAGAAUGACUUUUGGAGAAAAUAAAAAUAAAGUGAGAAACAUAGUCCAGCCUCAGCUACUUAAUUUCAGAGAACUGUAUCGCCCAAUAUUGCAGCAGUUUCAUGCCUAUGUUGAUUUUCCCACUGGAGAAGCACAGUGCCAUCAAGAUUUAAGUCCAGAGACUAAACUUCAUCACCUAAUGCAAUUACCUAUGGUCCCUCAACAGAGGAUAGUAAAAUUCUGGAAUCAUGGUGGUCCACAACAAGAUAUGGAAGAUGUUCUAAGAGCAGUAGCUUAUGACAUAGACUGUGCCGUAAUUUUGAGACAGAUACUAAAAGAUCUAGUAUGGCAAUCUAGUGUUCGCCAAUCUCUUAAAGGCAUUCCAACUGCUGGUCUUCUAAAAUCUAUUCGAUACAGUGCUAAGAAAAUAGCAAAAAUGUUUUAGGUCUAGUCAGUUUAUUUUAUAAGAAUAUAUAUGUAGAAUAAAAUAGCUAUCUAAGUAA